AUGAAUCGAUAUGAUAAUAUUAUGAAUAAUGAUAAUCAUCAACAUCACCAUUACCAUUCAAGAAGCGAUCAUUUGAACCACUAUUUGAGUAAUGAUAAUUAUUGCACAUCUGAUGAAGGUAUUCAACAAACCUAUGAUUAUGGUGCCGAUAUACCAUCACAACAAGAAUCAGUUCACUCACAUCACCAACAGGUAUGCAUGCAUUUAUCAUAA